GCAUUUCAGUUCGAGACAAAAGGCCGUUGCCUUGCCCAUUAGAUUUGAGGGUUAUGAGCACAAAGCUGUGAGCGUAGAACAUUCGCAAUGGCUUGACACAGAAGAUCUUCGUCGAUGCCUCCCAAUCCUUUCUGGAGCACCAACACCCAAUUUGAGUCCUGAGGCCUUGGAGUCUUGGAAUAGGCCAGUACCCCAAGAUGAUGAGUCUGAUGCCUCCUCACUUGCCCCUUUGCCAAGCGGCCAGCUGGACAGUGAGAGGGAUCCGAUGCAUGCCUUUCAGACGUUUGGUGACACCAAGAAUGAGAUCACUUCUGGUGGUGAGAUGCCUCACGACAUGGACCCGAAUGGCACGGAAGUGAAUGAGAACCUAGAGCCUCUAGCAACUGGAAUGGGUGGGAAGCGAGCGGAAAGGAUGGGGAAUAGGAGGGGUCAAGUAGAUGGGAAGACUUCUGCUGGGGCAACUUCAGUUCAAGGUGAAGGUGAAAAGCGUGAAAAUUAUGGGCAUGAGAAUGGUUUGGAAGAAGCACUGGGGGAUCAAGUGUUGCAGCAUUUUCAACAAGAGGCGAUGCGCCUUCAAUCUCAGAACAGCAUGCUGUCCAAGGAGCUUCAGAAACUUAGAGAAGAGAAACAGCGCAAUGAGUUGAAUGCUUGCCCGGAGCCACCAAGGAAGUUUCGUGGCAUCAUGGGUGACUGCAAGUACAGGGUGCGUGGAGAUGCAAUGAUGCCGCGUGAGGCGAGAACGGUGUGGUUUGAAAGGGGGGUUGAAUCUGAAGCAUUGAAAGAACAGUUAGAGAAAGAAACUUACAAGAACAAAUCCAUGGCCACUUCAGGGUAUUGUAGGGCGAAAGAGACUAGCGAAGCUGUGGAAGGUAUGAAACGAACUGCUGGUAUCGGAAAUUCUGGCGUGUCAAGUUCACAGCAUGCAUGUCACAAGGGCACUCAGCAUGUUCAUGUGGAUCUCAUGAGAGCGUUUCAUGAAGCUCACCAUCCUGACGGAGCGAGCGCAGUGCUUGGAGAACAUGCUCUUCAUAGUCAGGCUUGCAAUCAGCAUGCGUUUGGUGCGCAUCCACAGCAUGAUCGGGCUUUUUUGGAGCAUGAGCAUGGCAAAGCAUGUCCUCUUGAUCGGGCUAGCACAUUGCAUGAGCAUGGAGAUUUGCGUCCUCACGUUCGGGCUAGCACGCUGCAUGAGCAUGGAGAUUUACGUCCUCACGUUCGGGCUAGUCUGAGAUGUGACCGUGCAGUCGUAGAAGAUGGAGAUCUGAAGGCAAUACCUAUUCAGUUGCCUCAGUUACCCUCUCCAAAGGGACGCGAUGCAAGCUUGGAGGCUGGAGAUUGGAUCAUUCAACUUGAACCUCUUGUGGGAGACUUGUCAAAGAAUGCCACGACUUGGUGGAGGCGUGUGAUGGCUACCACCACUGAAGAGCACUCCCUUUGGCUGUACUCUGAUCCACUCUCCCGCCUGAAGAUCACUGCCCCUGAGACCUCUGCUUUGUCAGCUGGGUAUGAGUGUCUGGACCAAAAGGUCACAAGCCUUCUUUGGCAAGCAGUCCCCAAAGCCAUCAAAGAUGAGGUUGUGGCUGCACGGGAGUUGACGACUGCAG